GUUCUCUCGUCCGCCAUUACGGCGUCACAAUCGCUAUAAGGAAUUGAUUGAAACGCCCUCGUUGUGAAAAAUUAGAAGCUCUUCUUAAAAGAUUCAGAGAUAUGCCACCGCCAGAUAAGAAAAGUUCAACUAAAGGAAAAACUAUACUACAAUCUUAUUUGAACUCUUUUGAACAAGAUAAUGAAGAAACAACUACUGUAAUAGCUGUAAAUGGCAGUGGUGAUGAAGAGGCUGAUACAGGUGUAACAUAUUUUGUGGAUGAAGAAGGUCGCUACUACUACCAGCAGGCUGGUGACAAUCAGAACCUUGUUUCCAUACCAACUGAAGUAACCCAAGACAAUGAAGAGAUAUCAGAAGAGUCGCAGAUGCUGGUGGAAGGAGAUAGUUACCAAACUGUAACUUUGGUACCAUCAGAAACAGGAAACGGUGAAGUCAGCUAUGUGCUUGUCAUGCAAGAGGAAAAUAAACCAGUAAUGAACAUUGAUAUAAAGGUGGAUCAGGAGGAAAAAAGUAACGACGUAUACACUUUUGAGGAGGAAGAGGAAGCCGAACAAGAGCGUUCUGAUGAUGCGGACGAGCCUGUAAAGGCGAAAAGUUCAACUUCAAAACGUAAAAAGUGUGUGCGACCACAUUUCACCUGCAAUUUCUGCACCUACACAAGUCAUAGAAGGUACCUGUUGUUGCGCCAUAUGAAGUCUCAUUCUGAGGAACGACCGCACAAGUGCAGUAUUUGCGAGCGUGGCUUUAAGACCAUUGCAUCUUUACAAAACCAUGUCAACAUGCAUAAUGGUGUUAAGCCUCAUGUUUGCAAGUACUGUAAAAGUCCUUUUACUACUUCAGGGGAACUGGUCCGCCAUGUUCGCUACCGCCAUACACACGAGAAGCCUCACAAAUGCUCUGAGUGUGAUUACGCUUCUGUAGAACUUUCAAAACUACGACGUCAUGUGCGAUGUCACACUGGAGAAAGACCAUACCAGUGUCCUCAUUGUACAUAUGCCUCUCAAGAUACAUUCAAAUUGAAAAGACAUUUGCGCACACAUACUGGAGAGAAGCCUUACAAAUGUGACCAUUGCAACAUGUGCUUUACACAAUCCAACUCUCUUAAGGCUCACAAGUUGAUUCACAAUGUAUCAGAGAAGCCAGUGUUCGCAUGUGAGCUUUGUCCAACAAAAUGCGGUCGUAAAACCGAUUUACGCAUACAUGUGCAAAAAUUGCAUACAUCUGAUAAACCUCUUAAAUGUAAAAGAUGUGGUAAAACAUUCCCAGACCGAUAUUCAUGUAAAAUGCACAAUAAGACACAUGAAGGUGAAAAGUGCUUCAAAUGCGAGCUGUGUCCAUAUGCAUCAACAACUCUACGUCAUCUCAAGUCACACAUGCUCAAACAUACAGAUGAGAAGCCCUUCGUAUGUGAUCAGUGUGACCAGUCAUUUAGGCAAAAGCAACUCUUGCGUCGUCAUCAAAACUUGUACCACAACCCCAAUUAUGAGCCGAAGCCUCCUAAGGAGAAGACACACACAUGCCAUGAAUGCAAGCGGACAUUUGCGCACAAUGGCAACUUAAUUAGACAUCUUGCUAUUCAUGAUCCAGAGUCAGGCCACCAUGAGAGAGCCCUUGCCCUUAAACUUGGUCGUCAAAGGAAAAUUAAAAUUAUUGACGGAAAUAUGAAGAUGGAGGACUCCAGCAAUGAUGGAGUUAUAACGAAGCUAGAGCUAGGCAACAAUGAACUUAAACGUGGCGAGCUGGUGACUGUAGCAGAUGGUGAAGGGCAGCAGUAUGUUGUACUCGAGGUGAUUCAGCUUGAAGAUGGGACUGAGCAGCAAGUCGCCGUCGUUGCUCCAGACUAUAUGGAGGAAGAAGAACCAGAAGAAGAAGAGGAGGAGGAGGAGGAAGAUGAAGAUGAUGAGAUGGAAAAGAAACAGGCUUACAUUGAGCAAGCUAAACAGAAAAAUUUAGAAAGAAGCAUAAAGCUUGAAAAGGAUGUAGAUGCUUGCUUCGGCUUUGAUGAGGACGAUGAACCGGAGGACGAAGGGGAAGAAAUAACUUACAGUGAAAAUGUUGUAUUACGUCUAGUUUAAAUGCACAAGUAGGAAUACUUAAUAAUCUUUCAUAUAAGUCACUCAGUGUAUCGUUAAAGUUAGAAUGGCCACUCUAAUGUACUACUUACUUAAAAUAUACGCAUCCUAUCAAAA